AUGAAGAAGAUGGGGAGGACGAUGAAGAUGAUGCAAGAUGAUGAAAAUGAUGAAGACGAUGGAGAUGACCCAGAUGAUGGAGAUGAGCAGAAUGCAGGCCCAGAGGGAGAGAUGAGAGAGCAGGAGAUUGGUUGGGGGGAGGUUGGAUUUUCCAGGGAAGAGCCCCUUUUGCAUACCUGCCUCCCUCCAAGUCGUUGUCUUACGCCUUAUUUUGAAUUUACAUUCUCCUGCGAUGAGGAUGACAUGGCAACCCAAGGCCUUCCAGAUAGCAUGCAAGGAAGGCAACAGCUACAAGAUGCUGAGGAUGUCUUGAAGCACCACCACAAUAAAAACAGGCAGCCCCAACUGCCUGACCCCGACACCCUGGAGCUCCUGCAUCAAGUAACAGAGUCCAACAAGCCUACUCAGCAUUCUAGAAUCAAAAGAUCAAAGGAACCCAAUGAUGGACCAAAGCCCACUCAAAUCACCUGGUACGGGCCGCGCUGGAAAAGUUUUCUUGAGGAUGCUAAAGGAGAAUGUCACAUGGAACAUGCAUUGCAGAAUCCAUUUCCCACCCUGGUCAAAGAUCUACCAGUGUCUGUCACCGAAGUUCUGGUUGCAGUUUUGGUCGCAUGGGAUCAGGAAGGUAAACAAUUCGAGGCUGGGAUUUGGCCACAGCAAAAGCCUAACAUGGCUUGGCUGUUAUACAACGACCUCGCCACUUGGCGAUCUGACUUGAAGAAGUCUGUUAUGAGCAUUGCACCUGUACAAUACUCACUCAUUCCCCCGCCUUCAGUUCCCGCUCAACUGUGUGCAGAGUGGAUCGAAAAAGCUGCUGCUGCAUUACUUGCGAAUUCACUCUUCUUAUGCCAUGGAGUUGACAAUAUGGGAAAAACAAGAAACUUUGCACAUCCAGCACUUCGGGAAGGUGUUACCGCUUUCUCUUAUACUGGACUGUAUCGAAUCGCACAGAGGCGAACAGACAUUUUCCGAAACCAGCUACCCUUAUCAUGCUUGGCUCUGGUUGGCGCCGUGUUCAAUUGUAUCCUUGACGGUCUCAGAAAAAACAGUAAUGGAAAAUACUACCCAAAAUUUACCACGAAGGAAUAUGACCCUAUUUACCGCAAAAUACUCCAGUCGCUGAAGGAUAUUCUGAAGGAUCAUUAUCAUGGCCCUAUCCUGUUAGCGCAGCUCUGGGAAUGGGCCCAAGUGGGGUGGACUGAAAGUUUGAAGAUCGAAGAUUGA